GGACCAGCUGAUGUCAAAUGCUCAAAUGUCAAAAUUUUUUAUGAUUUUUUAAGUAGUUCAUCGAGUUUUCUCUAAUGUGUAACCAGAAUAACAUAUAAAUAAAUGUGACUAAAUAAGUAGCUCUAAAAUAUUUGUAUUUAUAGAGAUUUUAAUAGUCCGUAGUAUUAGAAGAAUUCAAAAGUCAAAAUUUAAGAAGUGCGUAAUUAUAAACAAAACUUGUGUUUUUAUGAAACAAUGACAUUAAUCAGUAUCUCUCGCCUAUGGUCAUUAAUUGAAGGUGUUGAAGACGUAAUAACCCACAUUUGUAUAGCAGUUUUCAGUAUAAUCAUAGUAUACAUCGCUUGGUGGUCCACAAGUAUUACUGAUCAAAGACUUUAUAGAACAGUUCUCUUAUUAGACCGUAGAAGUCGUGCAGCUAGAUCUUUUUUAAGAGGCAUUAGAUUUUCUAGAAGAUUAAGUAAUCAUACGGAAACAGUAACUAUAUCCGAAGGAUCAACCUCAACUAGCACAACAUCAAGCCAAAUUGAGGAGCAAUCAGAAUCAUCUGAAUCAAGCAGUAACUUGUCAGAACCGUUACAAACUCAACCAAAACCUAACGAAGUGGCAAAUAAUUCUAAUAACUCACAAACGACAGAAGAAAGUACAGACAUAGAAAAUUUUGAAGAGUCAACCACCGAAAACAACAACUUGGAGAAUAUACAGGAAUUUGAAGAGAGAAAUAUAAUUGAAACAAUGGAUGCUGAUACACAAAACACUGUAAGACAAAGAAGACUUGCUCAUUUUGAAAAUACUGCAACAACUAGUAAUGAGGAUUCAGCAACAAGCAAUAUCCAGUUGGAAGGUAGAAAAACAGUUACUCAUUCUGAUAUAAAAGAAGGAGAAUGUAAAGACGAUAAGGAAGUAAAAACCGUUUUAAAUAGUAAUUCUCAGUCUGGAUGUAAUAAAGAUGCAGAUCCGUCAAACAUAACAAUUAAGCUGAAGUACAUAAACGAUGAUAUAAGAAUCGUGGAUGGAAGAUUGCACGAACCGCUCGGCGAUUUCAAAGUGAGGCAUUUUGAAACUGAGCUAAAUUCAAAUAAGAUUGUACGUUUAAUAUUUAAUGGCCAAGUUUUAAAGGAAGAUCGUCAAAGUUUACAAAACUGCGGUCUUUUCAAUAAUUGUGUCGUUCAUUGCCUAAUACAUCAGAAGAGGCCGUCGAUAAGCGAUGAACUAAUCCAAGGGAACAUUGGCCAGAAUCCGGAACUUCUUAGAGGCCAUUCAUUUACUAUAGUUACAAAUAUCAACAACAAUAAUAAUCAAGGAAUUGAUUGGGAUCUGGGAAACUUUUUGUUUGCCUUGAUUAGUUUUAUGCUAUUAGCUGCAUGGUAUUUCAGGUAUGUUUACGCUCAUCUUUAUACAGUUACAGCAUCAGUAGGUUUACUAAUAAUCACAGGUAUCUUUUCCAUUGUCUUAAUUGGAACUUAUUUUCCUGAUAAUGACCAAAUAGUUAAUCCUACUCAUACAAGGAUACGAAUAGUGUAAAGCGUGAAUAAUUUGAGACUACAUAACUGCACUAACAUUGUUAAUUACAUACCAAUUUUAUUUAUAUUUAACGUGAUGUACGCUUUAGAGAAUAAAUAAAAAUUAAGUAUAAAUUAUAAGCCGUC